GUAAAAUGUCCCUGAAGGGCCACCGUAUAGUGUGCGCAGUGAACGAGUAGUUGCUAAGCAACCAGAGACACAUCGUCUCUGUGUGACAAUGGCUGGAAGAAGUUGUGUUAAAAAUGUCCGUCCGCCUCAGCCCGUCGUCUCGCAGCCCAAGAAACGGCUGUCCUCUUCCAGUAAGGCUGAGAAGUCGAAGAGGGCUGAAGAGCGAGCGCAAUUCAAAUCAGCUUCUGCUCCAGCAAAAAAGGACACAGAUGACCUGUUUGCUAAGGAAGAACAAUACAAACUCAUGAAUGCAGAGCUGGAAGCCAAAACAGCAGAUCUAGUGAGGCAAGCAGAGCAACUUAUGAGAGAACACAGUGAAGUUCUGUCAAAACCUUUAUCCACCGUCCAGUUCACCGACAUCGAGGAUGAAGAGAAUUCAAGGAUAAUAAAGUCUCGCCAGGCCACUGUACAGGAUCCCAGUGUAAAGGCGCUGACCAAAAAAAGGGGAACAUCAACAUCAGAACAGAUGGGUACUGGAAAACAAGGGAAAGAGCCCCCAUGGAAAACACAAACUCCAAAGGUGUCUCAUGCGGAUGAUUCAGAAGCUGUAGAAGACUCGGCUGACUUUUUCCUGGCAAAGACGAUACGUAGCAUGGAGGAGAAGAUGAACAACACAGUCACUCAUGAGAAUGUUGAGGAUGAUACUGGAGAAUAUGUAGGAUCAGGCAUUUCAGACGCUCAGAUAAGAGUUUUGAAGGCAAAACUACGGAUUAUGCAGGAGGAACUGGAUCAACUCACAAAUGAAUAUUAUAAGAAGGAUGAUGAAAACGCCAAGCUCAGUGCAAAAAUUAAAGAGCUUGAGGAGGAUCGAGCCAGGCUGCAGAAAACAACGAGCAUCCAGCAGACACAGAUUGAGAAGCACAGAGCGUUAGCAGAGGAGUCUGGCAAAAAAUGUGUCGGUCUUCAAGUGCAAGUGUCUGCUUUACACAAGGAAAUAGAGAACCUGAAUAGAUCUCACAAACAAGCAGCAGCCGUCCAUGGCUCUGUGGAGGUCCGUCUGAACAGAGCCUUGGAGGAGGUGGAGAGGUUAAAGACUCAACUGAGCAAGAUGAAGCAGACGAACAAGGACAAGAUAAGCGAGGAACACCAGAGUAAAGAAAAUCUACUUGCUGAAAACAAAAUUCUGAAAAAACAGAAAGCCGAGCUCAUCGUGGGUUUCAAGAAACAGCUCAGGCUGAUUGACAUUCUCAAAAGACAAAAGAUGCAUUUUGAAGCUGCCAAGCUGCUGUCAUUCACAGAAGACGAGUUCAUGAAAGCUCUGGACUGGGGGAAGUCAUAAAUAAGUUGAUUGAUGGUGCCUCGAUACAUUUUAAAAGAUAUUUCUGUAUGUAAUUUGAUUUAUUAUUAUCACAUUUAGCCACCACAGAUCUUUUCUUUAAUGAUUUUAAUCAAGAUCCUGUCAGCACAGUUCUAAUAAAAAGAUGUCCUAAAA